AUGAGUAAUGAGUACGUGUCUCUAAAUCAUGUCCAAACACAUUUAAUAACAUGGGGAAAUCCAUUCAACUGUGGUGGACAAGACGUUAUUAUUUGCGUAACUGGAAAUCCUGGCAUAACUGAUUUCUACAUAGAUUUUGGAUCACAGUUAAAUAAAAAUACUGGACUACCAGUAUGUGUGAUUGGACAGGCGGGCCAUGAAGAAGUUCCAGAUGAAAAAUCUAAUAUAUUAAAAGGACAAGAACAUCUAUUUAAUCUAGAAGGUCAAAUUGCACAUAAGUUAGACCUUAUCAAUAAUUUUAUAGAUAGGGAAAGUAGAUUACACUUAAUUGGACAUUCCAUUGGAGCGUGCACUAGGGAUGAUUGGGCUCCAAUAAAUUAUAUUGACGACCUACAAAUGUUUCAACCUCAAAUCCGUCUCGAAAAAGUAGACAUUGAACAUGCAUUUGUUUUGAAAUCAUCAGAAAUAGUUGCAGAAAAGGUUUCAAAUUUCAUUAAAAGUACUACUUAG